GCUGAUUGUGAAUUAUUCAAAUAGAUAAAGAAGAGAAUAAACAAAAGCAGCUGUUUGCUUCAAUAAAAAGUAUUUACAAAUAUAAACAAUUAUUUUUAACGAUUGUUAUCAAGAUGGAAGUGAUACAUUGUACUCCCACAGAGGAAGAGCUUUUGCCAGAACGAGAAAUUCGGUGUACAUUUAAUGAAUGUAAUUCGAUUUUUACAAAUGCUGGUAAUAUGGAUAUGCACUUACAACGGCACCAUGGCAAGGAGCCUAGGAAAAGAUCAGAUUUAAAAGAAAAACAGUGUGUUUUUCAUUGCCCAAAGUUACAGUGUACAUAUCACGAGCAGCACGCUGGUAAAAUGCAUUUCAAAACACUAAAAUACUUACGACAACAUUACAAAAAAGUGCAUGCAACUAAAAUAAAUAUCUGUGAUAAGUGUGGAAAGGCUUUUGUCAGUGUCAAUCAGUUAAAGACUCAUAUGGAAAAAUUGUGCGGCAUCAAAUACAGCUGUAUGGAGUGUGGUUGGGAUUAUAGCAGUAAGGAGGCACUUUUGACACAUGGUAAACGCAAAGGACAUAAGAUUCGAAACAAUGGUUUGGUUGAAAUAAAAUCAAAACAUCGUCAACAAUCACAGUCACAACAAGUAGCAAGUCAAAGUAAUGAUCAGGAAACGCAAACUGAAGUUCUGCCUGUAUCGAAAUAUGUGGCAAAGAACGACAUAUCGACAGAAACAGAAGAUUACCAUUCGUUUGGUAAACAUGCAUCAACGAAUACACAUUCGCCUACUGACAUAGAAACCCAAACAGAAAGUAAUAUGUUAAAUUCAAUGCAACAUACCUCCUACAACACUUUGAAUACUACCUUGAAUAACUCAUUGCCUACUAUGCAGUUCCUGCCUCCUUCUACACAUACAUACACACAGACAUACGAUGAUUUGUUUACCGAUUCUUUGCUGGGUUUCACCGAUAUACAAACACAAACCAAUUGGUCCAGUUUUUCUGACGCCGCUACGGAGGCAGCAACUAACGAAGACGUUUCUGUACACCAAUAUAACACAUCCAGUGCAGGUACAUGUACACGCUGUGCUUCUGAUGAGUUGUUAGUGUCGACAGAGACGCAAACCAGUUUCACUCAAUGUUUACUCGAAUCGCGCACAGCUAAUGGCGAUACAGAGGAUGGAAACUUUAGUCUGUAUCAAACACAACAUACGCAAACUUGUGACAUGCUGCUGGGUGCCCUUUUUGGUGCACAAGAGAGUGAUUUGAUUGGAGGAUUUCAGUCCACCUAUACACAAACAUGAUGGUUUGACUUGGACUUGCAUGUCAUAGGUGAUGGAGAAGAAGAAAGUUGGAGAGACUAAGCCGAGUAAAAUUAAAAAUAAAAAUAUUUUUCUUGCAUAUUUCAUUUUAUGCAUUGUUAGAAUACCUGAUUGAUACUAUUUUUUAAUAAUUUUUAAUAACUACAAUACUGUCGUAGCUUCAAGGAAAAUACGUUACGAAAAUAAUUACUAUUAUAAAAUAAUAAAUUCGACGUAUUUUGAUAGCCUA